AUUAACCAAGAUUCCUCCCGCUUCACCCGUUCAGUCAAGUGGCCGAAUCAUCUGCGAGACCUCUCUCUCACCUUCCGCGAGCCCCAAUUGUCACAUCGAUCAUUACCUACAUAGUACGCGUCAUCCAGCGCUUUCGGUGCCGCCGGGGAACCGCAGACCCGGGACCCCGCCAUCGGGAUUACUACUUAGCUACACUAGGAUUUGGUACUUGGAAGUUUGCGAGCUUACACUCUAGCGCUGGUCCCACCGAAGCCUGACGAGCCGAUUUCCACUCGGUGCUCGACUUGGUCGAUCGAAGCUGCCGCCCUCGAUUUUAUCUCUUCAUACGUAUCCCGAGAUAGACGGUCUGAACGCACCAUCCUUCUCCGAUAAUUCGCCACCAUGGCGUCGGUGACGUCCCUCGACAAGGACCUGCGCAAGAUGCGCCUCGAGAAGUACACGCCCGCCGCGGCGAACGAGGUCAGGCAAUGGAUCGAGGAAACACUGGGCGAGAAGCUUCCCGAAGGUGACCUGCUCGAGGCGCUGAAAGACGGCGUGGCCCUGUGCAAGCUGGUCAACCUCGUCGUCGGUCCGCCCGGGGUCAAGUUCAAGAAGUCUCCCAUGCCCUUCGUCCAGAUGGAGAACAUCUCGCACUUCCUGCGCGCCUGCCAGGCCCCGCCGCUCAACCUCCAGCAGCACGACAUGUUCCUGACCGUCGACCUCUACGAACAGAAAGACCCCGCCCAGGUCUUGCAGUGUCUCGGCGCCUUCACCCGCGCCGCCAACCUUGUUAACCCCUCGGCAUUCCCCAACCCCAUCGGCCCCCGGAGCUCCCGGACAGGCCUCGUGAGCCCCGACUCGACGGGCCCCACCACUCCGACUGGUCUGCGCGGUAGCGGCGUCUCGAAUGCCAGCAACACCUCGUCAUCCCUGCACGGUAGUAGACCCAAGACCGGCGACUCAGGGUCUGGCCGCCGGAGCCCCACCAAGUCGCCGACACAGGGCGCCUCAAGCCCGACUCCGCCAGUCAGCAGCUGGAGCAAGAAGGAGCAGGAAGGUGCUACGGCGCCGGCUUGGAACAUUGCGCAGUACGGAUACAUGGGCGGCGCGAGCCAGGGAAACCUGGGCAUUGCAUUUGGCGGUCGUCGGCAGAUCACUAGUGCCGGUCCCUACGUGCCCAGCCUGGCCGAGAAGGAGAAGAAGAGGAAAGAACAAGAGGCAGAGGCUGAGCGGCAGCGACAAGAGGAGGAACGCCGGCGGAAGGCCGAGAUCGAGGCGGAAGAGGAGCGCGCCCGGCUGGAGGAGGAACGCCGGUGGGAGGAGGAGACCCGCCGUCUCAUGGAAGAGGAGAGGAAGCGCAUCGAGGAGGAGAAGAGGCGGUGGGAAGAGGAAGAGCGCCAGUGGAAGCUGACGGAGGAAAAGAGGCGCAGGGAGGAAGAGGAGGCCGAGGCCCGCCUGAGGGCGGAGCGCCAGAACAUACGCAAGAGCAACCCCCAGCUGCGCGGGCAGUACCUCAGCCAGUACCAGGCCGAGCGCGAGACCCCCGAACAGGCGCGCAUCAGGGAGCUCGAGAAGCAGCUCGAGCUGGCCCGUCAGCGCGAAGCCAUGUACGAGAGAGAACGCCAGGGACGGUCUCUCCGCCCCGGCGCGGGCGACGAGAAGAAGAAGGCCCGAUCACGGUCGCGCAGCCGGCCAGCACAGCCGGUCUCCAGGCAGGAUUCUUGGAGCGUGCGCGACGAGCUCAACUUCGUCGCCAGUCCUCGGUCGCAGCACCAUCAGCAGCUGAAACAACACGACGAAGAGCCGAACGACGAAGCGGCAAUGUCGCCGCCGCCCCUUUCGUCCCCUCGACCACUGCCGGACCCUACCAGCGUCGCCUCCCCUCCAACAAAGGUGAAGGCCCAUCGUGUGGCCGACGCGCCGCCAGAGCUCCCGAUCCGGACGCAGCACACGGGAUCACGGCCGCUCCCCGAUCCGGCGGCAGCACAGCAGCCUCCCCUGCCGGUCCGAAAACAGCACACCGGAUCUCGACCCCUUCCAGACCCAACCGAAGCAGCCCCAGUAUCGCCGCUUCGCAAGCAACACACCGGUUCUCGUCCCCUUCCCGACCCUGCCGCCUACGCAUCCAGCUCACCAGAAUCAUCGCGUCAACCACCACUACAACAACAACCACCACCACCAUCACCAUCACAGCAACAACAACAACAACAACAGCAGCAGCAGCAGCAGCAGCAGCAGCAGCAGCAACCCCCAGCUCCAUCCAAGCCUUUCUUUGCCCGCGGUAUUCCCUCUUCCAACAACGCAAACUCGGAUCGCACCCCGCCAGCUCCCAAGGCGAAGCCCAGCCCCGCAUCAGCCGCCUUCGCAGCAGGCGGGUCCAAGGGGCCCGGGUGGGCGUCCAAGUCGCUGCUUGAGCGCGAGAUGGAGCUCGAGCGGCAGCGGCAGCGCGAGUGGGAGGAGGCGCAGCAGGAGACGGCGGCCAGGGCGGCCGCCCUGGGGCCCGGGGAAAGCGGCGGCGGCGUCGACGGCAUCGGCGGCGGCAUCGACGGGCGCUGGGACGUCAGCCAGUGGACCGGCUACACCGGCGGCGACAGCCAGAACAAGGGCUCCCAGGGCAUCGGGGCCAACCGCAGGCAGAUCGUCGGACCCCGGCCGCUGCCCAACCCGCCGCGGUAAGGUUACCCUACCUAGCUAGGUACGGUAGGGCGGAUCUCGCCAUCGCAUCGGUCAGCCGAGGCUGAGUUCUGUGUUUUGAGAAGUAUAUUAUUACUACUUCGUGCUGUACUCCGCGAGACCUGUUGUUUUGUGCAAGCAGGACGUGGGAAAGGGAUGCAUUCUUUUUUUGGUUUCUUUUUCUUCUCUCUCUUAUUGUUCUUUUGCACUUAUUAUAUUCAGGGCCAGUUUCGGAUGGCUUGAGGAUACAGCACCUUAGGUGGUUAUAGGGAGGUUUCUAUCCACUUAGAGCACAGAGAACCGAAUGAAGGAAAAAGGCCUGAGGCAAUCUAAUCUUCAUGGACAGUGGGGUUUGCUUGUGAUGUUG